AUGGAUGUGGAUAUGACGCUGUGGGACCCAGGGAGGAACCCGGCAGGAAAGAUACUCUCACUGGACAGGCAAGGGGCGAAAAAAGUGCUGGAAAUCUACGUCAGGCGCUCGCUGAGCUGCUGCGAGAACUCCCUGGCUGCUAAGAAAAGAUUUCAGGAGAGAGCUGGAGGGCGAGGGAAGAAGGCAGCCGGACUGCAAAGGUCAGAAAGCGACUUCUGCAAUUAUUCAUGCUCCAAAAUCAGCCUGAAGAAGGACCAGGAGGAGGAACCCAAAACAUCAGAUUGGGAAGAAGCUCUAAAUAAAAAGAGCAAAGCAUCAGCUCUGGGGAACUCCAUGAAAGAGGAGUCAGAGCACAAGGGGAAAAGCAGCAAGAGUUCCUCCCAGGGGAAAACCCAACACGGCUGGUUCAAAAGUUUCUUAAACUUCCUCUUCAAGAAGAAUUCUGAUGACCAGAAGGAAAAUGCAGGGCAAAAGGCAAAGGAAAAAGAUAUCAAAGCUCCUCACAGCACCAAAACCGAAGCGGCUAAAAGACCUGGAAGAGAUAUGAACACAUGCCCGCCACUGGGUAAACCUCUGAAAAAGAGACCCAGCCUCAAGAGGGUUUUCUCGUUUAAGAAGCAUGCUGCCAUGGAGGAGGAACGGGGUGAGGCAGGAGCAGAAGCGAAAGCCAGGAGACCCAACCGCCUUCUGGUGAGGCACAUCCAGAGACCAGCCUCACCAGGUGGGACCCGGCCCCUGUGUCCUCACCUCUCAGGAGGAUGGGCGAUGCAGAUGGGAGCUAAAUUUACAGACCAGCCUGACUGCUACUACGCACAAGUCUCUGAAGAGAUAGGGCUGAUAGUCCACGGCAGCGAAAGCCAGGGGAACAGCGAGCGCAGUUUCAAAGAGCUGCAGGGACCGGCUAGCGCGGAUGGAGUUGAGGAAGCCAUCAGAAAAAUCGUUGCCCUCCUCCAGAGUGCAGGAGAUGAGCUGGACAAGAAGGUAAAGGAAGAUGCACGACUACGGAUGUUUUUCAAAGAAAUGUCCUACAGCUCCUUCAAGAACUUGGCUGAUGCCUAUGUCAGCAAGGAAAUGACAGCCAGCAGGCCCAACAUUAACCCUGAAGAAAUCCAGUUUGCCUUUGCUGUGCACCUCACUGCCAAGGUAGCAGGCAUCUGUAACCAGGCAGUAAACAGGAUCAUGGGCUUUGGCACGCGAUAUUUGGAAGAUUCGUUUGCACCGUUGUCCUACAGCCAAAUUCUUCAGGUAGUAUGGCACCAGGCCAGGGAGGGGAUCACAACACAGCUGGCCUGUGGGAUCCUGUCCCCAAGUCUCGACUUUUACAGCAGGUUGGCCAUCUCCCAUCUGUCCUUGCGGAUGGACGAUUGUCCUGGUGCAGCCCAGCCUCAUCGUCCCCUGCCUCUUAUCCUGGCGCUGGCGCUGGCUCCGAUGCAGCAGCCGGGCUCAGUCUGCCAGGCUUUCUCCCUGCUACAGAGCCCAGGAACUGUUUUGGCUAGGUGA